AUGGAUCUGUCCUUCAUGGCAGCGCAGAUUCCAAUGAUGACGGGGGUCUUCAUGGACUCAUCUCCUAAUGAUGACUACAGCACGGACCACUCUCUGUUCACUUCUUCUUCCAGCGUCCACGCUGCCUCCAUGGCAGCUGAAAGCCAUCCUGAGGAACCCCCCCAGUCCAUGUCCAGGGACGCCAUUUGGCUCUGGAUAGCCAUCACUGCCACCAUUGGGAACAUUGUAGUCCUGGGUGUAGUGUAUGCGUUCACAUUCUGA